CGACCGACUACAACCGAGACCGACCGUGAACAAAACGGGAUUUUAAAAAAGGAAAAAGCAGCCCACCCCAGGCGGACCGCACCACGGCGAUACUUCCAGUGAGUGACCGGUCCAGCAGGAGCUCCCCCCCCCGGGUCGGUCCGCGACGAUGAGCCAGCCUCGGACGGACGAGUUCAAGCCUCCUCCGGAGUGCCCGGUCUUCGAGCCGAGCUGGGAAGAAUUCAGAGAUCCGUUUGCCUUCAUCAAUAAGAUCCGUCCCAUCGCCGAGAAAACGGGCAUCUGCAAAGUCCGCCCGCCUCCGGGUUGGCAACCUCCGUUUGCUUGUGAUGUGGACAAACUUCACUUUGUUCCUCGGAUCCAGAGGCUCAAUGAGCUGGAGGCACAGACCAGAGUCAAGCUCAAUUUCUUGGACCAGAUUGCCAAAUUCUGGGACUUGCAGGGAUGUGCCCUGAAGAUUCCUCAUGUGGAGAGAAAGAUUUUGGAUUUAUAUAAACUCAAUAAGCUGGUAGCCGACGAGGGUGGAUUUGACGUUGUCUGCCAGGAAAGGCUUUGGACCAAGAUCGCACUACAAAUGGGUUUUGCCCCGGGCAAAGCGGUCGGCUCGCACCUGCGAGGGCAUUAUGAGAAAGUUCUCUACCCCUACAACCUGUUUCAAAGUGGAGCAAACCUGCUGUGUGUUCCGAGGCCAAUCCAGCCGGUGGAGAGCACAGAUAGCAUGGACACCAAGGACACCAAGGACGCCAUGCUGCAGGAGCCGGCUCAGAGGACGACUGCCCCGCAGCCCGACUCGGGCCCCACUGCUCGCAGAGCGAAGCGCAUGAAGUGCGAGGCCGUCUGUGUGAAGACCGAACCCGGCGAGUCCGGAGACAACAAGCCCAACCUGAGGCGGAGGAUGGGUUCCUUUGUCGCCAAGCAAGAACCAGAAAAAGAGAUCCCGAUUCCAGUGAAACAAGAACCAGUUGAAAGUAAAGAACCAAUACUUGAAGCCGACAAAACCAAGUCGCGUUACAAGAAAUUCAUCCCUCCUGUUUUUUCAAGUCCAGUGGAUCUGGUGGUGUGUCUGGUGUGCGGCAGCGGGGGAGAUGAAGAGCGCCUGUUGCUGUGUGACGGCUGUGACGACAGCUACCACACCUUCUGCCUGAUCCCUCCUCUACCUGACAUCCCCAAAGGAGACUGGAGGUGCCCCAAAUGUCUCGCUCAGGAAUGCAACAAACCUCACGAGGCAUUCGGCUUUGAACAGGCAUACAGAGACUACUCCCUGCGUGCAUUUGGACAAAUGGCUGAUGCGUUCAAAUCCGAUUACUUCAACAUGCCAGUUCAUAUGGUACCCACAGAGCUGGUGGAGAAAGAGUUCUGGCGGUUGGUGGGAGCCAUCGAGGAGGAUGUUACUGUAGAGUACGGAGCAGAUAUUGCCUCAAAGGACUUUGGCAGCGGGUUCCCCAUUCCCAACGGAAAAUUCAAAGUCUCCCCAGCUGAUGAGAAAUACCUGAAGUGUGGCUGGAACCUCAACAAUCUGGCGAUGAUGAACCCUUCCGUUCUGACUCAUGUGACAGCUGACAUCUGUGGGAUGACGCUGCCAUGGCUUUAUGUUGGCAUGUGCUUCUCCUCCUUCUGCUGGCACAUCGAGGAUCACUGGAGCUACUCCAUCAACUACCUGCACUGGGGGGAACCCAAAACGUGGUACGGAGCUCCUGGCUUUGCUGCAGAACAGCUGGAGGAGGUGAUGAGGAAAUUGGCUCCAGAGCUGUUCGAGUCUCAGCCCGACCUAUUGCACCAGCUGGUCACCAUCAUGAACCCCAACACUCUGAUGGCCCACGGAGUCCCAAUUUACAGAACAAACCAGUGUGCAGGAGAGUUUGUCAUCACGUUUCCCAGAGCCUACCACAGCGGCUUCAAUCAGGGCUUCAACUUCGCUGAGGCGGUCAACUUCUGCACUGUGGACUGGAUGCCUCUUGGCAGGCAGUGUGUGGACCACUAUCGUAUGCUGGGCCGGUACAAUGUGUUCUCCCAUGAUGAGAUGGUGUGCAACAUGGCCGCCAAGGCGAGCACGCUCGAUGUCGUCCUGGCAUCAGCUGUCCACAAAGACAUGGUCGUCAUGCUCCAGGAAGAGGAGACGCAAAGAGAGAAUGUGAAGAAAAUGGGGAUGGUGCACACCACAGAGGCAAAGUACGACCACCUCCAGGACGACGAGCGGCAGUGCGCCAGGUGCAGGACCACCUGCUACCUGUCUGCUGUCACCUGUCCCUGCAGCCCAGGUGUACUGGUCUGUCUGCACCACGUCAACGACCUCUGCUCCUGCCCCAUCGGCGAUUACACACUCAAUCUCAGGUACACACUGGACGAGCUGUUCCCCAUGAUGACAGCGGUGAAGCAGCGAGCCGAACUGUAUGAUGAAUGGGCUUCCCUCGUGAAGGAGACUCUUGAGGCUAAACUAGAGAAGAAGAAAGGUCUGCCAGUCUUUCGCUCGCUUCUUGCCGAGUCGGAGUCCAAGCUGUUCCCCGACAACGACCUGCUGCGUCGGCUGCGCAUGGUCACACAAGACGGAGAGAAGUGCUCCUCCGUGGCACAGCAGCUGUUGAAUGGCAAGAGGCAGACCAGGUAUCGGUUUGGAAGUGGGAAGUCAUGCAGCCAGCUGAGUGUGGAGGAGCUGAGUUCCUUUGUGAGGCAGCUGUAUAAUCUCUCCUGCAGUCUCCCUCAAGCUCCCAUGCUGAAGGAACUCCUGAAUCGCAUCGAAGACUUCCAGCAGCACAGCGAGAAGGUCCUGGCGGACGAAGCUCCCGGCGUCGCCGAGAUCCAGAGCCUGUUGGACGUCAGUUUCGACUUUGACGUGGAGUUGCCCGAGCUGCCCCGCCUGCGGGUGAGGCUGGAGCAGGCGCGCUGGCUGGAGGGGGCGCAGCAGGCCAGCGCCCAGCCUUCCACGCUGACCCUGGAGACCAUGAGGAAGCUCAUCGACCAGGGGGUCGGCCUGGAAGCUCACCCGUCCGUGGAGAAAGCCAUGGCACGCCUGCAGGAGCUGCUCACUGUGUCCGAGCACUGGGAGGACAAGGCGAGCAGCCUCCUCAAAGCCAGACCACCACACUCCAUAGAGACUCUUAGUGCUGCAGCAGAGAAGGCGUCCGGCAUCCCCGCUUACCUUUCAAACUGUCGCCUCCUAAGAGACACUGUCAGAAAAGCCAGAGAGUGGCUUCAAGAAGCUGAGGAGCUUCAGGUGGGUGAUUGCACAGUGAUGAUGGACAGCCUCUCUGACAUGGUGCUACGAGGACAAGCCGCUCCAGUCCACUUCGAGCCUUUAGAGCGGCUCGAGUCUUUAAUGGUAGAAGUGCAAGAAUGGAGAGAAUCUGCAGCUCGAACUUUCCUUCAGAGAGACUCAACCCUUUCCUUACUGGAGGUCCUAUGUCCAAGAUGUGAAGUUGGCAAUAUGGGUUCUCCAAAGCGCAAAGCCAAGAAAGGAAAAGAAUCGCCAAAAAGUAACAAGAAGAAAACUCCACGGCUAAACAAUCUCAGUGACGUGGAAAAAGCUCUUUCAGAGACCAGAGACUCCACCUCUGCAAUGGCGACUCUGGAGGAGCUGCGGGUGAGAGAGAUGGAGGCUUUCUCUAAUCUCAGGACGGCGAAUGAGUCCAAGCUCCUUCCUACAGCCGACUGCAUGGACCUGAAGGUGUGCGUCUGUCAGAAAGCGCCCAUGGGUGCGAUGUUACAGUGUGAACUCUGCAGAAAUGCUUUCCACAGCGUUUGCGUCCGAGAGCCGUCGGACUCUUGCGGAACGCAGCCGUGGCUCUGUCCGCUGUGCCAUCGGGCAGAAAAGCCCCCCCUGAACAAAGCCGCGUCUCUGCUGGCCUCCCUGCGGCGCAUCGGGGUGCGCCUGCCGGAGGGCGACGCGCUGCACUAUCUGGUCGAGAGGACUGUUAACUGGCAGCAUCGAGCGCAGGAGAUCAAACAGUAUUUUAACCUACCAGAAGUGGAAGAGAGACCCGGGACUCCUCCCACCUUAACCCGCUGGGCAUCGGGCAGCCACGAAGCUCACGACGACACUCAGGCUCCGUGUUUGACUCCAGAGUGGAACAGGACAAGCCAUAACCAGACCGUCUUCUACACGGAGCAGAGAUGCAUCCCGCUGCAGGGCCUGAGCCAUGAUCUGGAGGAGCUGAUGGUGGAGGGGCUCUUGCUGCAGGUGUGUCUGCCGGAGGUGCAGAGCCUCUUCCACGUUUUAUUGGACAGAGCCAGCAGUCAGCACGCAAACCGAUGCCCGUCGCCACGACAGGACAAAGCCGCAGACUGUGAGGAACACAUGCCGUUUAACUCCGGAAAGAAUCCGCCAGCGAACCAGGAUGCCGUCAAUGGAGGGAGGGAAGCUACGAUUGGCUCCGAAAAUAAAGCGAAGCGGCAUCUGGACGGAGUAAACGCAGAGCACCGAGUGAAGGAGAAAAAGCACUCCCAUAAAAGACAGAAGAUGAAUAAAAAGAGGCCGGCCUCGACCUCCUCCUCCCCACGCUCUGAUUUCUCCCAGUCCGAUGACUCCGAUGAGGAGAUGGCCGUGUGUCCCGCAGAGAGGUGUCAGCUGCCGGAGGGAGAUGAGGUGGACUGGGUCCAGUGUGACGGCAGCUGUAACCAGUGGUUCCACCAAGUCUGCGUUGGCGUCACGGCGGAGAUGGCUGAGAAGGAGGACUACAUUUGUGUCAGGUGUACUCUGAAUGAUGGACACAUGAGAAAAUAAAGAGAAUGUGAUGAGGUCGGUCAUCACUCCAUUUUAUUCGAGCCGGAAGUCUGGAUGUGUCACUGAUCCGAAGGCCCCGCCCACAAGCCCCAUCCCAUCUGUCUGCCCCCUUUUUAAACAACGGUGCUAUCUCCUCUUUGACUUGUUGUGCAGAACUAUAAUGUUUUAGUUAUUUUUUGUAUUUUACAUAUAUAUAUAUAUAUCUAUCUAUAUAGAUAUAUAUAUUUCUUCUUAUGGAUUGUUUGUGGUUGUCUAAAUGAAAGAAAAAAAAACUGGGGAUGUGAAGUGCGCUGCAUGGGAUUCCAUAUCAUCAGCGCUAAGGAGUCUUUAGAACUGUAAAGUGGGUAAUAAUCAUAAUAAUCAUGGGUUAAUAAUCUCUCUGGACCCUCCGUGCAUGUUAACUAAGGGGAUCGGAGUCACGGUUUCCAUCCCUUACUCCCCAAAAAAUGACUACACAUUUUUUUGAAAUCCAGUGUUUAGUACAUGCAUCUUAAUAUAAUUAUUCCCAUUUUUUUGUAGAAUAGGUUAAUUUAUCUGAGCAAUAAUUUUUGUCUGAAUCGACUUAAAUGGCUCGAUCUCGGCUGAGUUGUGUUGCUGCUUUGGCGAUGGUGUGAUGUACAGAGAGCGACGUGGACAGAUUGGAUUACCUCUGUGGUGGUCUGCGGCGACACGUCACCACCACCACAGCAUGUAGCGUAGGAUGCUCCGGGGACAAUGUUACAAGUUUAUAUUGUGGAAUAAAGCCCUUUUGUUCUA